AUGGCAAGGCAUGCAAGCCACUUUUCCGAUUCUGGAUGGAUCCUGGUCCCCUUCAUUAUGGAGAUACUGUUCGAUCCCUAUAGUGUUGUAACUGAUUCAACUGAAGGUUUGCUUUUGGCGAGGGGUGGAUCAAGUAAAAUUCUUUUUGUAUGCAAUCCAAUGACCGAGGAAUAUGUCGUGCUUCCUUGUUUGUAUGACAAUAUAUGGAUAUAUGGAUUUGGAUUAAGCAAAAUAAGUGGGCAAUAUAAGGUUUUAAGUGGACCAGUAUUUUCUGGGUCAUAUCUUGUAUACACACUAGGAGGAGGAGGGUCGUGGAGAAGCAUCUUCGCAUCUCCACCAGGAAGCCCUGUUAUGCUUCACAACAAUGCUAUAUUUUGCAACGGAAAUCUUCACUGGUUGGUAUCUCAUUUUGAUUUUGAGGACAGAUACAUGGUUUGUUGCUUUGAUCUUGAAACAGAGCUUUUCAACAGUUUUGCCCUUCCUCCUCAUGUCAGUGAUAGCGACAUACAUGGCAAAUAUCGGCUGUGUAUUUUGGAGGGCCGACUAUGUUUAUGCUAUUGUUUAGGUGGUUAG